AUGGGCCGACUGAACCACGCGGCCUCGCGUGUCCACACCCAGGCCACCCAGAUUCUCAACAACACACGGCACACCUACCCCCCUCCCUGGCUAGCAACCAUCCAAACCACGCCUCCCUCUUCGAAGCUUACUCGUCCCGUCCUCAAACGCGCGCAGAAGCCCGGCAAGCGAUCAUCCCGCAUCUUCACACCGGUCAAUCUCACAUACCAAGAGGACAAGCUACGAUGGGAAUACUUCAAUGACCAUCCUUGGGAGCUGGCAAGACCACGAGUGGUGCUUGAGAACGAUGGCAGGGACCGGGAACGAUGGGACUGGGGCAUCGAGCUUGAUGUUUCGUUAAACCGGCCAAGGCGGAAGACGAGAGAUAAACGUGGGAGGACGGAGGACGAUUGGGAGAUAAUUAUGGACACGCAGGCUGCGCGGCCGUUGAACGGGGAGGCGGUGAUACAACGGCAGCAAUGGCUCUUAACACAUACCCCUUUGAGCUCAGCAGCUGCCUACGACCAAGCGCGAAAAGAGCUCUACCGCGUCCGACAUUUCCAGGAAACUGAACAGCGAGUCGCACGAGAAGAGGCGCAGAGUGUGGGUGCUUUCUUCGGUCUCGGACCGUUGGAAAUUGGCAUGCAACUCGAAGACAAGGCGUACGAGGACUGGAAGGAAUGGGCUAUUCGGGAGACCGCAGCGCUCAAGCAGAUCCAGGGCAGUGCUUAUACUGGUGUUGGUACAGAGGAGGCUGAGGAUGAGAUGACACCGGAACUGGGUGAAGGAUCGGCGGAGGAGCUUGAAGUGGUGAAAGAAAGCAUUCCGUCGACGCAGAGGGGCCAGCGGGCGAGAGGAGAUGCCGCGAUACAUCCUUAG